AUGACACCCCCGUUCACGGAAUCAUCGCCACAGGCAUCACCAGCCUUGUCCAGCUUUCUACGAUCCAAUUUCAGAGACAAGGAAAUCACAAGCAUUGUCGACGAUCGCAUUCGAAGCCCCUCUUGCGUUCGUCUCAGAAGGCGCGAAGCGCACCAGGCUGAGGCCCUUACGAGAUCUGUCAAGUCCUGUAACGCUAUCGACAGCAGCGCAACUUCAAAAUGGGUCACUGCCUUAGCAAAAGAUUCUACGAGGAAUGCUGGUUUCAACGAUGAAGGCCUGCAACAUGCUUCACGCUUCGCAUCCAUCACUGCCGAGCAAAGUCUGUACCGGCCAUCAAGAAGGGCAUCCAUCACUGGAAUUUUGAACUUACCGAUACUCAAGGAAUCGCAUCAGCUGCAGUAA